AUGUCUGUCACCAAAGAAAUCGUUGCGGAUGACAUCUACAUGUUCCCCUGGGGACAUUUGGAUGAAACCGGAGAAGGCCCCCCUGAGGAGAUGUGCAAGCUCCAGGCUCAGGUAUACUUAUCCGCGCCGAGUACUCCAAUGCCAACAUCAGAGGCAACCAAAGGGCCACGCCCUCAUGCCUACAGGGAUGGGGAGGGUUUGCUCGCGCACCUGCGGUGUGGUUUACCUACGUUGAAUGGCAUUGUCCCUCCACCCAGUGGAAAGGACAUAGUAUAUUGGAUGUACGUCGCUGGACCAUUCGAUUACCAGCAGCAGACGCAAAACGGCCAGUCACCGCAGGAAUCGCUGCCUCCACCUGGUGGAUGGCGUAUUGUCACCGAUAGGAGCAAGAACUUCGUCACUAUGUUGGUGCAUAACGCCGACCCGCGCGCUCGGGGUCGGUUUGAACGAGUGCCAGUGCGGAGAGGCCUGGUGGAGGUGACUCGCCGAGACGGUAUGAUCGUUGAGACCAGGAUUCUACCGCCAGAGUAUGACUGA